AUGGACAACUUAUCGAAAAAAAUUCAAAAUCUAGGUAUUCACGAUUUCCGUAAUGCCGCUAGAUUUGCUCAAAAUAUGAUUGUUCAAUAUGAACCAUAUCAAGUCGAUGUUAGACGUGCAACAAAUACCGAUUCAUGGGGUCCAACACCAAAACACUUGGAGAAGGUUUUAAGAAAUAGGUAUCAAGUUCCCAUGUACUUGAUAACAGAAUACACUUUGAAACGUCUCAUUGACCACAUAGCGACCAGACCUAAAAAUUUUUAUGAAAAGGCAAGAAAAGAAUAUGUUAAUUAUGGAUCAGAAUGGAGAGUUGUACUCAAGUGUUUGACCGUUGUUGAAUAUUUACUGUUGAAUGUUAGUGAUGGUGACGAAUUAAAUCAAGUACGCUCCUGUUUAACAACUCAUAAGCAUAUUCUCAGUAGGGAAGUGUUGGAAUAUCGCGUAAAGUUCUCAAACGAUGGUAAGAUGGAAGUCCAUGAACGUGGUAUCAAAAAGAAGUGUGAGUUUAUCAUACAAAUGCUAGAGGAUUCUCAAUUUUUGAAAAGGGAAAGACAAAAGCAUGUCAAAAAUCACCUUAAGAUUCGACAACAACAAGAGCAAGCUUUCUACAAUGCAAACGCCAUUUCCGCAUCGUCAACGGCGGGUGAUUUGGAUUACGUGGAUGACGAAGGAUUUUCUGAUGAAGAUGCCGACGAUGCAGCAGAUGCCGAAGUUUCAGCUUCACAUGCAGGUCGUAGGCGCACUAAUAUGGAAGAACAGCGUAGACAACGUAGGGAAAUUUUGAGGGAAAGGAUUAAGAACAGUGAAGAACAACGCAAGAAGCAACAGCAACCUCAACCCGGUGUUCCUGAUUUGAUCGAUUUCGAUUUCGAUCAACCAUCACCUAGUCAGCCAGCAUCUUCGUCAGCUUCUUCAACGACACAUGGUAAUGGUACUACAAGUACAAAUAGUAAUGAUGACGACGAUGAUGACUUCGGUGAUUUCCAAGGUGGUGACAGCACUAAGGCAGAACCUUCAACUGCCAAUACAACUACGACCCCUGCAACUGGUACGAAUAGCAACAAGACAAACAAUGCGGGUGCUCUAGACGAUUUACUGGACUUUGGAGAACCUUCAAAGAACACGACUCCAGCUGUGGCUAACGGCGGUAGUAACGGUAAUAAGAGCAAUAAUGACAAUGAUGCCUUUGCCGAUUUGUUUUCUUUUUCUAAAUCACUAAUAUGA